AUGCCAGACCUAGACGAUGGCGAACUGUUGGUUCAAGAAGUGAUUGCGGAGAAUCCCGUAGAGGAACGAGGAAUUCGCGAGGAAUGGGCCCAGCAUGUGGGGUGGCAUCGCACAGAGGAUGUCCAUCUCCGCGGUGGAGACGUCAAGGAACAGUCUCCUCAACCCAGGGAACAACAACAAGAAGAAGUGAUAUCGCCACGAGAAGAGAUGUUGGAGGUAAACGAAGAAGAAACACCUGCACUACUAACAAAGAGCAGCAUCGGCAACAACCGUGACGGCAACGACGAAAGUCUCAUUCUGGCAACGGUGUUUGUGGCUUUACUGCUCUUUGGUGGUGGAAUUCUCGCGGUAAUACGAAGGAUGCAAAGAUUCCAGGAGAAAAAGAAACGAUAUCGAUGA